AUGACGAUCCCCUCACUAAUUUCUCUGCUGCUGGCACUCGCUGUCACACUAUGGAGCUCACCUGUUUCAGCCUCAUCAGACUACCAUGAACAACUCUUCCUCCAGCCUCUGCCUCAGUCCUCCCUCCUAGCUUCGUUCAAUUUCCGGGGUAAUACCUCACAACAAUCAUUCGACAACCAGCAUUUUCGAUACGUGCCAAGAGCGCUUGGCCAGAUCCUUCAACACGCGCAUACAAAAGAGCUUCACCUACGUUUUACUACAGGACGAUGGGAUGCAGAUAGCUGGGGUUCACGGCCAUGGAAUGGUAGUAAGGAAGGAGGCACUGGCGUGGAGCUCUGGGCCUGGAUUGACGCAGCAGAUGAUGCGGAAGCAUUCGCAAAAUGGAUCACCUUGACCCAAUCCUUAUCCGGCCUGUUCUGCGCUUCCUUGAACUUCGUUGACUCGACUCGAACAACACGACCAGUCGUCUCAUUUGAGCCCACGGGAAAUCACCCUGACGCCAGCUCACUACAUCUUCUGCAUGGGACAUUGCCCGGAGAGGUGGUUUGUACCGAAAACCUCACGCCGUUUUUGAAAUUGCUUCCAUGCAAGGGCAAAACUGGAAUCUCGACUCUUUUCGAUGGUCAUAAAUUAUUCGAUGCCGCAUGGCAAAGCAUGUCGGUUGAUGUGCAACCAAUCUGCUCAUCAGAUGGUGAAUGCACUGUUCAAAUUGAACAAACGGUCGACAUGGUUCUCGACAUUGAACGCUCGAAGCGACCGCGAGAUAAUCCGAUUCCACGACCGGUUUCAAACGACCAACUCGUUUGUGAUACGUCCAAGCAUUACAACGCUGACGACACCUGUUAUCCUUUGGAAAAAGUUAUUGACAAGGCGUGGAGACUGAAUGAGAUCUUUGGAAAAACCUUGAAUGGUAUUUGCCCUCUCGCGGACUCGAGUGAACAAUCCGUUUGUCUUCGGGUGCCUCAUGAAAAGGGAGUUUUCACAACCCCCGGGGCCUUGGAGUUAAAGAAAGAUGACGGUUUCACCCGCUGUUUUUCUUUGCCCUCUACCGAGCCUUUUGACAUCUCAAUCCCAGAGCAACAAGUCCAGACCGAAGUGCCCCUUCAGGAGCCUGUCCUUCAUGCCGAGCGAACGAUUGUUGGACAUGGGCAGGAGCGUGGCGGCAUGCGCAUUAUUUUCGGCAACCCAUCUGACACCAAGGCGGUAGACUUUAUUUACUUCGAAUCGCUUCCCUGGUUCCUACGUCCCUAUAUCCACACUUUGCAGGCUACUAUUACCGGACGCGGUGGAGUACGUCGGGAGAUCCCCGCGUCUGACCUCGUAACUGAGACGUUCUACCGACCCGCUAUUGAUCGUGAACGUGGAACCCAGCUAGAACUUGCUCUCUCCGUCCCUGCCGCUUCUACCGUCACCCUGACAUAUGACUUCGAGAAGGCUGUGUUGCGUUACACGGAGUACCCGCCAGAUGCCAAUCGAGGCUUCAACGUUGCCCCAGCGGUGAUUCGAGUAUUAGAUGGUGCGAACUCCCGGCCAAUAUACAUUCGGACUACCAGUCUUCUUCUUCCGCUGCCGACACCGGAUUUCAGUAUGCCAUACAAUGUGAUUAUCCUCACCAGCACCGUGAUUGCGCUUGCGUUUGGCACUGUUUUCAACAUCCUGGUGCGGCGGGUUGUUUCCGUGGAAGAAGCGGCUGCUCUCAAUGCCCAAACCUUGAAGAGUCGGCUCCUGGGAAAACUGGUUGCCCUGCGAGACCGUUUUGGCAAGAAAGAGAUGAAAGUGGAGUAA